UACAUCUACGAAUGAACGCCGAACGAACCGCGAAUGCGAACGUCUUGAAAGUCUUUCUCGCACGAAUUGUCUUUGAUGUACCGCCUCAUGAGGGAAUCGAGCCGAAUGCGAAUCGAACAUUUUGUUCGCAUUCGCUUUGGCGUAUAUAUCUGCUGAAUGAUAACAGUUCGCAUUCGCUCAAUAUUCAUACAUGGAUACGUUAAUUUGUAAUAAGUGUUUCAUCCCGAUAUACAGAGGAAAACUGCCUUAUAAUAUUACACAAUGUGGUCAUAUUUUUUGUCAGGAUUGUCUACAACAAGUGAAAAAACAAUGUUUUCAAUGCAAAUAUACUGAUCCUGCAUAUUUACUGUUAGAAGAGCCACUGAUGCCUAAAAGGAUCUCGCUCUUUACGUCUUUCUCUGAGGUUUUGGAAAUAUUAUUAAACAAGGAGAUAUUCGAAAGCAAUCAGUUGAAGAUAACAAUGGAACGUUUUCACAAUCUUGACAACAAAUACGAGAUGUUGAAAAAACAUUAUCUUCUCGUGCGACGCAAUAUGAAAAUAUUGUUAGAAAAAUAUACAGAUCUAAAGGCUGAGAAAGAAAAAGUUAAUAAGGAGCUGCAGCAAAUGAUACAGAGCACUCCGAAAUCUAUAUCCAAUACGACGAAGACGCUGACGAACUCCGAUCCGAUUUCUACGUAUUCAUUAAACACACGAUAUUCCUCAGGAUCGUUGAAUCGUUUGAAAUUUUCUAACUUGAAUUUGUCUGAUGCGACAGAUAUGUCUAUGCGAUCCGCCAAUCUAAGGAAUCAGCGCAAAGUCGACGAUAAUUCUUGCACACCCGGCGAUAAUAGACCUCCGAAAUUUACCAAGCUCCUUUUUACGUCAGACAUUCGAAACGAUUCGAAUUAUAUUUUUAUCAAAUAAAUUCUUUUCUUUGUUUCCUUCUCUUUUUAUAAUUACGUUAUUUCGAACUCGUUAUACUAUAUUGUUUAACAAAUUAUAAAUACAAGCGAUAACUAAUACAAAUUUGAUUCAAAAUUGAAAAAUGGCGAAUAAACUUGUACCUUUUGCUAGAUAUUUAUAAUAUUUAAAAAAUAAAAUGUCUUACUAAG